UUUGAGGUGGGCAAUUUGUUGUCGCUUUUAUUUGCGCUCAUCAUGCACAUAGCACAGCGGGUCUUAGUCGCUCGCAGUGGUCGCGCGGCGCGGGUUGUCAACGCGUCGACGGCUGCCAUGGGAGUGGAGACAACAUCUAGAGAAUUCCACUCUGCAAUAGGCUGCAAUGUAUACAUCUCUGAAGGGCGUGACAAGGCACUUAUCGGGAAGCUCGAGGCUGCGGCCCAGGCGACGCCCGGAGUUGCGCUGGUGAACGUGUUCCAAGAUGAGCCGUACCACAGGACCGGGUUCACCCUCGUUAGUGGGCAACCAGACCGGCUGACGGAGGCGGUGGUGCGCCUCAGUCGCGCCGCGCUUCAGCUUCUGGACCUGCGCCGACACGACGCCAGCCAUCCCCGCUUGGGGGUCGUGGACCACAUCGCCCUCCACCCCCUCGGCGGCCUGGCGCCGGCCGCAGCCACGCAGUACGGCGGGUCACCCGCCGCCGCCGGCCUCAUCCCCAACACGGUGUGGGUGCCGCCGCCGCCAGGCUCCACUCCACUGGCGGUGGCGGCUACCUGCGCGAACCUCAUCGCGCGACAGCUGUCGCCGCCGCAGGCAGAGGAGGAAGAGGAGGAGGCGGUGGCGGUGGCGGAGGCGGGGACUGAGCGCGGCGGAGCGCGAGGCGUGGGGAGCAGCAGUAGCACCACCACCAGCAGCAGCGGCAGCAGCAGCAGUAGCAGCGGUAGUAGUAGCAGCCGGGGCGUGGCGACAACUGUGGCGGGUGGCCAGGAGGAGGAGGUGCCGGCGCUGCCUGUGUACUUCUACGGCCAUGCGCACCCGAGCCGGAGAGGCCUGGCGGACAUACGGCGGAAACUGGGUUACUUCCGGCGCUCUCCCGAGGGCGGCUGGCGCGGCGGCUUGGAGCAGCAGCAGCUGCCCGCCGGCAACGACCUCUCGGCCUUCCCGCCCGACCUGGGUCCAGCCACGGCGUCGGCGCGGUGGGGCGUGGUGACCAUCGGGGCCACUCCCUGGGUGGGCAACUACAACGUGCCUUUGUCGGGCGUGGACAUGGCAACGGCGCGCAAGCUCGCCAAGGCCAUAUCGGAACGCGGCGGCGGCCUGCCUGGCGUGCAGGCCAUGGCCCUGCAGCACGCGGACGGGCUGGUGGAGGUGGCCUGCAACCUGCUGGACGCCGCCGCCGCGCCGCCCGGCACACUGCAGGCGCGGCUGGAGGGCAUCGCUGGGGCCUGGGGGCUGGAUGCGUCGCAGGUGCGGCCCGGUUACCAGACCAACCGCAGUCCCGAGGAGCUGGUGCGGGCGGCGGUGGCGGCGCUACGGGAGUAGCACGUGCCGCACCCGUGCCGGCGUCGCGCUGCCGCCGUAGGGCGGGCAAAACACACUGCCACGGCGGGUCGCGCCGCGGCUUUGCACUUGUGAGGACUGAUAAGGGGUGUUGCAGAGGUGAUGCAGAGAGGCAGGCAAUAGGGCGGUUGUAGCUCAGGAAGCGGCCAGAUUAGGUGCUGUGCAGGAUGGAUUGGUUUGUGUCUGAUGGCUAAUAAGGACGACGGAGCCACCAGGUGGCUUAGGCGUAGGUGUAGGCUGGGCGCAUAAGGAGGCGGUUGCCGGUUGGGCUUGAUUGUGGGAUCAAGUUGACAGUAUACGAGGUUUGGGGACAUGGGUUCAAGACACUAUGCUUUGCGUGUUGAGUUUCGCACACUUCAUCUAGUGGACGGUGCAGUCAGGUGCAGUCCUUCGUCCAAGCCACAAGGUGAAGUGUGUGGGGGUGGCCUGCCAGGGCACGCGAGCGGCUGGGUAGCGCCGAGAGCCGAGGACCAGCCGAAGCGGCUUGCAGUGAAAGCAUUGCAUGUAAUCCCGAAGGGGACGUCAUCUCAAUGCCUCCGGCGACCAAAAUGUUGUAAAGAGGGUGUUGUAAAGUGGGUGUAAUUGAGCUGUGGA